CCAAUCGGCACUGUCGUUGUGUUGGGUAAUGAACAAGUCAGUCAAUCUGCUCGUCUCUCUCUUUCGCGACCCUCGCUUCUUUGAACAUGUCUGCUUUUCCAAUUUUGUCCUUCCUCGCAUUCCUCGCCACUCGAAGGACCGAGGUCGACCCUGAAUAUGAGCAUAUCUACACCACAUUGACAACAUUUGUCUCCCGUGGACAGACGGUAGUGGAAGACAUCCCUCCUCUAUCUCUGCUUGUUGGAUCCAAUAACUCGGCUGAGUCACUGCAGUCAUUCGCUGUGGCCGUCGAGUAUUUACGGCUGUUGGUAUGGACAUCCCUUACGUACUGCCAUGUGGUAUCUGUUCAGAAACGCAGAAUGAUGUAUGGUCUGAUGGUGAUCGCGUUUCUUGUCCCUGUUCUGCUUUUCGAUAGCGGACAUGAGCAUCUAUCACCGGCACAGACUGCUGCAACGCUUGGUGAACUCUUCUAUACUAUUGCACUGGCUACAACCAUGAUUGGUCGAGACAAAGCUCAGUCAAACGUUUUGACAAGAACAAUUUGUCUCGAUAGUAUGCUCGCCAUUUCCUUCCUGCUCGGAUGUCAAGACUCGAACUGGAUCAUUACGAUGAUCCUCCACCAGUUAGAUCAAUUACUCGACUUCUGGCAGAGACUGGGAGAUAAGAGUCGAACCCUAGUAUGGACUUUUGGUGGCGCCGUCUCUCGAGUUCUGCUUCGGAUCACCAUUUCUUUGGCUUUGGUCUUUGUUGUCCUCAGCUUUACUUAUCCGAUUUCCGAGCGAGCUGCUGGAGGAAACUGGAACUUACGAUACCUUCCUGCAGAUACUAGACGAUUUCUGCGUGGCAUCACUAAACCACAAACUCUCGUCACUGACUACGCAAUCUCAAGAUAUGCCAUUAUGCCAGACACACCAAAAAGCCUGUACUUACAAGGAGCCGGGUUCCUCUACACAGACGACUGGACCUGGGACGACAAAAUGAACCUAUUUCGACCCCUGAACGAUACAGAAUCCGCCGAGGAAACCACGUCACGCGCGAGUCUAAGAGAUUCUAUCAGAUAUACCUGUUUCCUCCGAGAUAACGAGCUCAUCUACAUCAGCAGUGGAGAUAGUGGAAGAUAUCUCGCCGUCGAAGUAGGUGUGCCGAGUAUAGUCGACCGUGUGAACUUCAUGUACGUCGAUAACCCCAUCGAUCCACAAAAUGACGGCAUUCGGUGGACAGUCAGGUAA